AGGAUGAAUCUAGUUGCAUCUUUCAACAGAGCUCUGGGUACGAGGCUCUACCGCUCUAGGUUCAAGUUCGCUCAGAGCUGGAGGUCCAUGAGCGAUAAGGCAGAUGGAGAUGAUCAAUCGGAGAAGGCAUACGUCAUCAGAAAGGCUAACAGAGUACAAAAAGUGGGAACAAUAUGUACCCCAGACCAAGUCGAUGCCCCGAGGUCUCAUCCUCCCUUGCCCGAGAUCUGCAUUGCAGGCCGUACCAACUCAGGGAAAUCAAGUCUGAUCAACCACCUGCUGGCAAAACCUGGAAUAGCGAGAACGUCGUCAAGGGCAGGAAAGACCGAUGAGAUAAACUUGUACAUGGUGAACUCCUCUGUGAUUCUAGCUGAUUUCCCGGGAUAUGGCUUCGAGCACAAAUAUGGAGUUCUAGCCAAACGUUGGGAGACAGUUUGGGGCCCUCUGUGCGAGUCGUACAUGCAUAGGUCACCAGUAGUUGCAGCUUUGUUCUUGGCAGACAUCCGGUGGCCAGUAACUCGAGAUGAUUAUUUCUUCGUGCAGACGAUGAGAGAGGCUGGGAUCCCCGCCCUUCUUGUCUUGACCAAAGAUGAUCGCAUCAACGACAGGGUCAAGGCGAAAGGACACAAUGAGAGCCUUGCCGCAAAGAAAGUCACCAGGACUGUAUCGCAGGCUCGAGACGUGCAUAUUGCACGUUCCUUCCUGACAGACAGAGUGCGGAAGGGACUGUUAUGGCCCGAAGAUCUGCCGCACGUCCAUUACAGCAUCGAGAGUGGUCCCGCAAGGAGGAAGCUGAGAAGGUGGAUAGCAUCGUUAGCUUUGGCAAAGAACCACGACGAAGCACGGCAGGUUUUGAGAGCGGUGCUGGCAGAUCUUGGAGGCAGCAUGGAGCAAGCGGAAAGAGAAUACACAACAUGA